UCCUUCCUCUCCAGCUGCAUGGAACUAUCUCCUUAGUGCUGCAAGUUGUAACGGGCACCGCUGAGCCUGUUUCCCUUUGGGGCACUUCUUAUCUGGAAGCUGUGUUUAGUUUCUUCCAAACUGGGCUACUUCGUCCCCCUGCUCUGUCCUGAGUAAGGAAACAGCCUCCAAGCAUCAGCAGAGCCCCAAUGAGCCGGGGCCGCGGAGCCGUUUAGCAGUCUCCCGGGACCCAGCUCCGGAGGAGCCGCAAGCAUGCACCCUGGGUUGUGGCUGCUCCUGGUUACGUUGUGCUUGACCGAGGAACUGGCAGGAGCGGGAGAGAAGUCUUAUGGAAAGCCAUGUGGGGGCCAAGACUGCAGUGGGAGCUGUAAGUGCUUUCCUGAGAAAGGAGCGAGAGGGCGACCUGGACCAAUUGGAAUUCAAGGUCCAACAGGUCCUCAAGGAUUCGCUGGCCCUACUGGUUUAUCGGGAUUGAAAGGAGAAAGGGGUUCCCCAGGCCCUCUGGGACCUGAUGGACCAAAAGGAGAUAAGGGUCCCAUGGGAGUUCCUGGCUUUCUUGGCAUCAAUGGGAUUCCGGGGCACCCUGGUCAGCCAGGCCCCAGAGGCACACCUGGUCUGGACGGCUAUAAUGGAACUCAAGGAGCUGUUGGAUUUCCAGGCCCUAGUGGCUAUCCUGGGCUUCUCGGACCACCUGGGCUUCCUGGUCAGAAAGGAUCAAAAGGUGACCCUGUCCUUGCUCCAGGUAGUUUCAAAGGAAUGAAGGGGGAUCCUGGGCUACCUGGACUUGAUGGAAUCACUGGCCCACAAGGAGCACCCGGAUCUCCUGGAGCUGUAGGACCCACAGGACCACCAGGAUUACAAGGUCUUCCAGGGCCUCCUGGUCCUCCUGGUCCUGAUGGGAAUAUGGGGCUAGGUUUUCAAGGAGAGAAAGGAGUCAAGGGGGAUGUAGGCCUCCCUGGCCCAGCAGGACCUCCACCAUCUACUGGAGAGCUGGAAUUCAUGGGAUUCCCCAAAGGGAAGAAAGGAUCCAAGGGUGAACCAGGGCCUAAGGGUUUUCCAGGCAUAAGUGGCCCUCCAGGCUUUCCGGGCCUUGGAACUACUGGAGAAAAGGGAGAAAAGGGAAUCCCUGGUUUGCCAGGACCUAGGGGUCCAAUGGGUUCAGAAGGAGUCCAAGGCCCUCCAGGGAAACAGGGCAAGAAGGGGUCCCCAGGAUUUCCUGGGCUUAAUGGAUUCCAAGGAAUUGAGGGUGAAAAGGGUGACAUUGGCCUGCCAGGCCCAGAUGUUUUCAUCGAUAUAGAUGGUGCUGUGAUCUCAGGUAAUCCUGGAGACCCUGGUGUACCCGGCCUCCCAGGCCUUAAAGGAGAUGAAGGCAUCCAGGGCCUGCGUGGCCCUUCUGGUGUCCCUGGCUUGCCAGCAUUAUCAGGUGUCCCAGGAGCCCUAGGGCCUCAGGGAUUUCCAGGACUGAAGGGGGACCAAGGAAACCCAGGCCGUACCACAAUCGGGGCAGCUGGCCUCCCUGGCAGAGAUGGUUUGCCAGGCCCACCAGGUCCACCAGGCCCACCUAGUCCAGAAUUUGAGACUGAGACCCUACACAACAAAGAACCAGGGUUCCCUGGUCUCCGAGGAGAACAAGGUCCAAAAGGAAACCCAGGCCUCAAAGGAGUAAAAGGAGACUCAGGUUUCUGUGCUUGUGACAGCGGUGUCCCCAGCAAUGGACUACCCGGGGAACCAGGCCCACCUGGUCCACAAGGUCUCAUAGGCCUUCCAGGCCUUAAAGGAGCCAGAGGAGAUCGAGGUUCUGGAGGUGCACAGGGCCCAGCAGGGUCUCCAGGCUUUCACGGGCGUCCAGGUCUUUCAGGACCCAAAGGAAAGAAGGGCGAACCAACUCUCGGUACAAUCUCAGGAAUGAAAGGGGAUCAGGGUGAUCCUGGCUCCCAGGGUUUUCCUGGUGUGACAGGAGAACGAGGAAAGGAUGGAAUACCAGGUUUACCAGGUCUGCCAGGUCUUCCGGGUGAUGGUGGACAGGGCUUUCCAGGUGAAAAGGGAUUACCAGGACUUCCUGGUGAAAAAGGCCAACCUGGUCUACCUGGCCUCCCAGGAAUUGGGUUACCAGGACUUCCUGGACCCCGUGGGCUUCCUGGAGAUAAAGGCAAGGAUGGAUCACCAGGACAACAAGGCACCCCUGGAUUGAAGGGUGACUGUUGCUGCAGAGAGACGGUUGGUAAAGGAGACUUAGACACAGAGAGAGGAAUCACCUUGCCUUGUAUUAUUCCCCGGUCAUACGGUCCAUCAGGAUUUCCAGGCACUCCCGGAUUCCCAGGCCCUAAAGGGUCCCGUGGCCUCCCUGGGACCCGAGGCCCUCCUGGAUCACAUGGAAAUAAAGGAAAGCCAGGGAGUCCAGGACUGGUUCAUCUUCCUGAACUACCAGGAUUUCCUGGACCUCGUGGGGAGAAGGGCUUGCCCGGGUUUCCUGGUCUCCCAGGAAAAGAUGGCUUGCCUGGGAUAAUUGGCAGUCCAGGUUUACCUGGUUCCAAGGGAGCCACUGGUGACAUCUUCGGUGCUGAAAAUGGUGCUCCAGGGGAACAAGGCCUACAAGGAUUGCCAGGAGACAAAGGAUUGAUUGGAGACUCUGGCCUUCCAGGACUCAAGGGUUUGCAUGGGAAGCCUGGCUUGCUGGGCCCCAAAGGUGAGCGGGGCAGCCCUGGAACACCAGGACAGGUGGGAGAGCCAGGCACUCCAGGAUCUAGUGGCCCAUAUGGCAUCAAGGGCAAAUCUGGACUCCCAGGAGCUCCAGGCUUCCAAGGUACUUCAGGACACCCUGGAAACAAAGGAACUAGAGGAGAGAAAGGUCUUCCCGGAUCACUUGUAAAGAAAGGGCUGCCAGGGCUGAAAGGCCUUCCCGGGAAUCCAGGCCUAAUAGGACAAAAAGGAAGCCCAGGCUCUCCAGGGAUCAGUGGGUUGCCAGCCCUCCCUGGACUCAAGGGAGAGAAGGGGUCUGUUGGAUCCUUGGGUUUUCCAGGAAUGCCAGGUUUUCCUGGUAUUCCCGGAGCAAGAGGUUUAAAGGGGAUUCCGGGAUCAACAGGAAAAAUUGGACAAUCUGGACACCCUGGUACUCCUGGUGAAAAGGGAGACAGAGGCAAUCCAGGGCCAGUCGGAAUACCUAGUCCAAGACAUCCAAUGUCAAACCUUUGGUUAAAAGGAGACAAAGGCUCUCAAGGCUCAGCAGGAUCCGAUGGAUUUCCUGGGCCUAGAGGUGACAAAGGAGAGGCUGGUCGACCUGGGCCACCAGGCCUGCCUGGAGCUCCCGGCCUGCCAGGCACUAUCAAAGGAGUUAGUGGAAAGCCAGGGCCCCCUGGCUUCAUGGGAAUCCAGGGCUUACCUGGCCUGAAGGGGUCUUCCGGGAUCACAGGUUUCCCAGGAAUGCCAGGAGAAAGUGGUUCACAAGGUAUCAGAGGGUCACCUGGACUCCCAGGAGCAUCUGGUCUCCCGGGCCUGAAAGGAGACAAUGGCCGGACACUUGAAAUUUCCGGUAGCCCAGGACUUAAGGGACAACCUGGUGAAUCUGGUUUUAAAGGUGCAAAAGGAAGAGAUGGACUAAUAGGAAACAUGGGCUUCCCUGGAAACAAAGGCAAAGAUGGAAAAGUUGGUGUUCCUGGAGAUGUUGGCCUUCCUGGAGCUCCAGGAUUUCCAGGGACUACAGGCAUCAGAGGAGAACCAGGACUUCCAGGUUCUUCUGGUCAUCAAGGGGCAAUUGGGCCUCCGGGACUCCCUGGAUUAAUAGGACCCAAAGGCUUCCCUGGAUUUCCUGGUUUACAUGGACUGAAUGGGCUUCCAGGCACCAAGGGUACCCAUGGCACUCCAGGACCUAGUAUCACCGGUGUGCCUGGGCCUGCUGGUAUCCCUGGACCCAAAGGAGAAAAAGGAAAUCCAGGAAUUGGCAUCGGAGCUCCAGGGAAGCCAGGCCAGAGAGGGCAAAAAGGUGAUCGAGGUUUCCCCGGUCUCCAGGGCCCUGCUGGUCUCCCUGGUGCCCCAGGCAUCUCCUUGCCCUCACUCAUAGCAGGACAGCCUGGUGACCCUGGGCGACCAGGCCUAGAUGGAGAACGAGGCCGCCUAGGCCCCCCUGGGGCCCCAGGUCCCCCUGGGCCAUCCUCGAAUCAAGGUGACACUGGAGACCCUGGCUUCCCUGGAAUUCCUGGACCUCAGGGGCCUAAGGGAGACCUAGGAAUUCCAGGUUUUUCUGGCCUCCCUGGAGAGCUAGGACUGAAAGGCAUGAGAGGUGAGCCUGGCUUCAUGGGGACUCCAGGCAAGGUUGGGCCACCUGGAGACCCAGGAUUUCCCGGGAUGAAGGGGAAGGCUGGGCCAAGAGGCUCUUCCGGCCCCCAAGGUGCUCCUGGACAAACACCAACUACAGAAGCUGUCCAGGUUCCUCCCGGACCCUUGGGUCUACCAGGGAUAGAUGGCAUCCCUGGCCUCAUUGGGGACCCUGGGAUUCAAGGCCCUGUAGGCCUAAAAGGCUUCAAAGGUUUAUCUGGUGUCCCUGGCAAAGAUGGCCCCAAUGGGCUCCCAGGCCCACCUGGGGCUCUUGGUGAUCCUGGUCUGCCUGGACUGCAAGGCCCUCCAGGAUUUGAAGGAGCUCCAGGGCAGCAAGGCCCCUUCGGGAUGCCUGGAAUGCCUGGCCAGAGCGUGAGAGUGGGCUACACGUUGGUAAAGCACAGCCAGUCGGAACAGGUGCCCUUGUGUCCCAUCCGGAUGAGUCAGCUGUGGGUGGGGUACAGCUUACUGUUCGUGGAGGGACAAGAGAAAGCCCACAACCAGGACCUGGGUUUUGCUGGCUCCUGUCUGCCCCGCUUCAGCACCAUGCCCUUCAUCUACUGCAACAUCAACGAGGUGUGCCACUAUGCCAGGCGCAAUGAUAAAUCCUACUGGCUCUCCACUACCGCCCCUAUCCCCAUGAUGCCCGUCGGCCAGACCCAGAUUGCCCAGUACAUCAGCCGCUGCUCUGUGUGUGAGGCGCCAUCACAAGCCAUUGCUGUGCACAGCCAGGACAUCACCAUCCCAAAGUGCCCCCUGGGCUGGCGCAGCCUCUGGAUCGGAUACUCCUUCCUCAUGCACACUGCCGCUGGUGCCGAGGGUGGAGGCCAGUCCCUGGUCUCACCUGGAUCCUGCCUAGAGGACUUUCGGGCCACUCCUUUCAUCGAGUGCAGUGGUGCCCGAGGCACCUGCCACUACUUUGCAAACAAGUACAGUUUCUGGUUGACUACAGUGGAGGAGAGGCAGCAGUUUGGAGAGUCGCCUAUGUCUGAAACGCUGAAAGCUGGGCAGCUCCACACCCGAGUAAGUCGCUGCCAGGUGUGUAUGAAAAGCCUAUAGGGCAGCACCUGCCACUCUGCCCCUUGCCCUCCUCUGCCCCUCACAACAGUCACCUCACGAACCUGAAUGGUCCGAAGAAGGAAGUCCUGAGUCCCUUUGCCUGUCUGUCAAGUUGUACAUUGGAGUCUCAUUUGGGCUAGUCUACCAGACACUGAUCACCCCAGCCCUCAGGUCCACAGAGAUGAGCCCACCCUGCUGACAUCUGCUGUCCCAUUUCUGUCAAGCUGGUGCUACCAUUUGAUUUGGAUGAUUGUGUGACUAUUCAUGGCUACCUCAGAAAGAUUUGGUGGGCCACCACUUUCUUUGACUAGCUAUCCUCACUGUCUUGACUGGAACGCUCUUCAUAAUGGCUAAUCAGUCAUUUCUUCAUGUCCAGAGGUCAGCACACAUUAUUUGGCUUAAACCAGAACCCAGUGUUUCCACAUUUAAAACAAAUUCUCUAACUGAACAUUCAUGGAUGGCUCAAGUUUACAUAGGGCAAGUCCUCACUGUUCAAGGAGGCCUACUGUGUCUAGGCAGGCAAGAGAACUGAAAUGUGGUGCCAGCCAGUAGCCCAGGGUGAGCUUUAGCUCGCUCCAGAAUGAGCAAGACUGGGCCCCAUAUGGCUUAGGCAGGCUUGAAGGCCAGCAGUUGGGUUGGGGGUGGUGAUCAUUAAUGGCAUAUGGUCCUAGAGAAAGCACUUCCUCCUUGCCAGUUCCCCCUCCAGCCAGAGACAGAGAACUUGGCCUGGUCCAAAGUAGAGCAGAGGAUGCAACAAAUGCGGCCAAGCCUAUCAAAGGAAAUGAGAAUGACACCUUUUCUCCUGGGCCAGGAGUAGAGGGGUGGGUGGGUAAGGAGGUGUGAAUUUAGCUUCUGCCUCCAGGAACAAAAAGGUAAAUGCCACAUCCCAGUUUCUCAGAAGUCUGUUUAUUCCAAAUGUCAUCCAGAUGUGUGCAAUGCGGCAAACGAAAGCUGCACAGUGUUGGUCUCCUUGUAUUCUGAGGAUGUUAAAGACUUUCUGUUAAACGGUUAGUUAUCCAAUUGCGCUUUCACAGGUAGCCUAUUAAACUAUUUUAUUGUUUAGAACGUCAUAAAAAUCUAGCACACUCUUCUCUUGAGCAGUUAGCAAACCUAAAGCAAACCUGAGCUGGCUACGCAGUACAUUGUAUUCUGUUUGGUGGAAUUUGUUUUAGCCAUUUUCUUUAAUUACCAGUUUCCCAGAAUACUCAGCUAUGUUGACAUGAGGCAAUUCCUUCCAGGUGAUUCUGUUUCCUAAAGUAUUAUAUAAACUGUGCCAAUACAGACAAAGCAUAAUCAGUGUAACCUGAAUUACUGUUAUCUUCACCUAAGUAAUAAGCAUGGUGUCAAUUUUGUACAUAGCAAAUAAAUGAAAUCUGAACAUGUGA